AUGUCAGUUGCAUACUGUCUCUUAUGCUACAGAAAGGUUAGUACUUCUGGCACAGCGUCAAGACCUGAACACAACUGGAAAUAUAUCAAAAAUAUUGCCAAGAUAACAGGAUCAUUGUUAUUAGGGGGAUGUUUGCUUUUCACAUAUGAAAUCCAGUCUCUUAGAAGGUCUAUUACGCUUGAUACACAGGCAGUACGGCAGGAGAAGCUAAAGUCCUAUAUUUAUUUACAAACCGUCCCAUUGGAGCAAAAUGACUUCCAAAGUUUUACAAACAGAGUAAGGAAAGAACUCCACAAAACAGCAAGAAAAGCUUUGGAAGCCUCAGCCAAUAUUUUUCAAAGAGAGAAAGAUAGAGAACCACACAGCAAGUGUAAUGUGGAGGAUCAUGAGUUUCCAAUGUGGCUUCUGUUGAAGAAAACCCAGUCGCCUGAAAAAAUGGUCCGCCUGGAAGCUGUGGAAAGCUUGGCUAAGAUCCAUCAUUGGCAAGAAUACCAGUAUAGAACAGUGGCACAAGCAUGUGAUAGAAGAACAAUUAUUGGCUUGGCCAGGAGCAAGGACACAGACCUUCGUUUUUUCCUUCCACCUCCAACAUUGCCAAAAGCAAAUGAUGAUUAUUCCAUAGAAGAUAGACUACGUCAUUUGCUGUCUUUCCUACCUCAAAGUGAACUUGACCAAUGUAUAAAGUACUUUACAUCGCUGGCACUAAGAGAGAGUACCCAAGCAUUAGCAGCUCAACGGAGAGGUCUGUGGUGCUUUGGUGGGAAUGGACUGCCAUAUGCUGAAAGUCUUAGCACAGUUCCUUCUGAAAAGUUGGAAGUGUUCAGCUUGCAGGCUUUAUUAAAGCAUUCUAAGAUCUCUUCUCAUGUCGACAAGAUCGUGUCAAAUGGCGGCCUGCAGCUGCUGCAGAGAAUAUAUAUGCUUCGUAAGGAUUCUCAGAAAAUACAAAGAAGCAUUAUGCGCAUUAUAGGAAACCUGGCCUUACAUGAGCAUCUGCAUGUAGAUAUAGUGGACUCAGGCUGGGUCUCACUCUUGGCUGAAGCCAUGAAAUCUCCAUAUGUUAUCCAGUCUUCACAUGCUGCUCGAGCACUGGCUAAUGUGGAUCGUGAAACGGUUACCGAAAAAUAUCCGGAUGGUGUUUACAUUCUACACCCACAACAUAGAACAAGUCAGCCAGUAAAAGCAGAUGUCCUAUUUGUCCAUGGUUUGUUGGGAGCAGCAUUCAAAACAUGGCGUCAACAAGACCGGGAUCAACCACUGGAUGAUGGCACUUCCCAGGAAGAUGACUAUACGGAAUGUUGGCCUAAGGAUUGGCUUGCAGCAGAUUGCCCAGCAUUAAGAAUUAUUUCUGUGGAAUAUGACACUCAUAUAAGUGACUGGAAAGUUAAGUGCCCAGCAGACAGAAAGUCUAUGGCCUAUAGAAGUACUGAACUUCUUAGCAAAUUAAAGACUGCUGGUGUUGGGGAACGACCAAUAAUAUGGGUAUCACACAGCAUGGGAGGUCUGCUGGUGAAAAAAAUGUUGGUAAAUGCCUCUAAGGAUGAAGACAUGCAUGAUUUAGUGAAGAAUACACUUGGAAUUGCAUUCUUUAGUGUUCCCCAUCAUGGAUCUCGACUAGCAGAAUAUUCUGUUAAUGCAAGGCUGCUGCUGUUUCCAUCAGUAGAGGUUAAGGAGCUAAGCAAAGAUUCACCUGCACUAAAACAGCUAAAUGAAGAGUUCCACGAAAUUGUGAAAAAUAAGAACUUCAAAGUAGUGAGUUUUGCAGAAAAAUUGCCAACUCGUAUAGGCAGUAUGAUGAAAUUGCAUGUAGUGCCAGUAGAAUCAGCAGAUUUAGGCAUCGGUGAUCUCAUUCCCGUAGACGUUAACCAUCUUAAUAUUUGUAAGCCAAAAAGUAAGGACUCAUUCAUUUACCAACGCACCUUGCAGUUUAUCGUGGACGCUCUAGCAGGUGGUAUUGGGACACAAUGA